AUGCCGAGAGGUGGCCCAGAGGCGGGUCCCGGGUACGAUGGCGUGCCCGUAUGCGCAUUUUGUGUGGACAACUUGACCAUCACGGCUGGAGGGAAGAAUUACCUCAAAUCGUUGCCUCUUGCGAAGCUGAAGAAGUACGCUCACGCAUACAACAUCACUGUAACUGGCAUCUUCGAGAAGAAUGACUUGAUUGAUGCUCUCAUUGUAGCACGAGAACCUAACGGUUGUCUACCGCGCGACAAUGAGGAAUGGUACCGCAAGUACUCUGUACCCAACCGCAGGAGCAACCGUCCACGCGGGCUGUUCACGCGGGCUAUGGAUGCCAUGGGGCCGGAUCGCCAUCCAUCAACCCCACAGCCACAACAGCCCCAGGCCCGCCCGCAACCACGACCUCGUACGACGUCGGGUCCAAGCAGCUUCCCUAGACCAGAUCUUGACCCUCGCAGGCAGCAGCAGCAACAGCAGCAACAACAGCAACAGCAACAGCAACAGCAGCCGCAGCAGCAGCAACAACAGCAGCAUCAACGACGACAACAGCCUCAAUACCAUCACCCGUCGCCCCCUCCACGGCCACCGCGUUCGCCUCCGUCCGGAUAUCGCCCACAGCGUGCACAGCCUUCCUUCACGAGCACCCCAGGCCUCAAUGUCCCAGGUGGCGGCUCACAGGCUCGCCAACGAGCUCGUGCGGCGUCCACAGGCGCGUCGCCCCGCGUUGCGUCGCCUGAGCCUCCUGUGCCGUCGUUGGACGAGCUCUUGGAGAUGUCCGACGACGCGACGGCGCAUCUGUCUAUUCACACACUUAAGCAAGUAUUGUUCCAAAAUCACGUCAACGCGCGGCUCGUUGUUGAGAAGAGCGAACUUGUGAGCAAGGUGAAGAUGCUUGUUGAGGAGGAGCGGCGGGAGCGGGAGCGCCACGCUCGAGAAGCGGAGGAAGAGGCAGAGGCGGAGGAGCAAAUGAGGCGGGAGAUAGAGGAGGCCAUGCAAAGAUCCAGGGAGGAGGCCGAGGAGCGCCAGAGGCGUGCACAAGAAUCGCACGUCUCCGAGGCUACCACCCCUGAAGAACCUCUUGAAGACAGAGAGGCCGCGCACAUGCAAGUAGACGAACACUCUGUCACGUCCCAUAGCCAGGAGCCUGAGGAGGGUCGGAGUUCGGAGGAUAUGUCCCAUCACUCCUCCGAGUCGCAACCACCCCCUCCCCCGCCAAAGCCUGCGGCACCUUCGCCCCCUCCAAAGGUGCUCACCCCGAAUGCGCAAGCUAUGGCUUCGCGAUUGGAACGCACGGGUCUGUGCGUCAUCUGCCAAGAUGAAGAGGCCAACAUUGCGAUAGUUGAUUGCGGUGCUCGCACACACAGAUUGGAUUACAUUCGUGCUUUGUUCUAUCUUGGGGAACGGCCGGGCUUGCCAUCUGCAAGCCACGUCACGCAGCAUAUUCAAUGGCAUCAAGAAGCCGCAGGCCUCCCAUAUCCUGCCACAGGCGGGAAUUAUAUGGGCGCAGGCACGUCGCACCAUCCCCUGCCCUCGUCUCUGGACGGCCCUCUGGAAAACCUGCGCACCUACACGUCCCAGCGUCUGGAGGGCCUGGAUAUCGCCGUCAACGGCAUCUCACGCUCUGUGCUUCACGCGCGCGAACAGGCGCACGAGGACACCCUGAAGCUGGCGGGCUGGCUCGAGCGCGCGCACAAGCAACAACUGAGCGCGACGCAGCAGGUCUUCGAGCGCGUGGAGGUGCUGCAGGGCGCCGUCGGCCAGCUGCACUCCCUGCACGGCGAGAAUACAUUGGCGGGGCGUCUGCAACGCAUUGAGUGUGUCUUGCAGGAACUGAUGGAGAAUAUAAACGACCCCGACGCCGCGCGCGACGUCGGUUCGUUCUCAACUGGUGCAGUGGCAGCCAUUAAUACCAGUGCAGACCAGAUCGUACCGGCUAAGCAGUUCAAGGAUGCUGAUGUAGGGAUUGAUGCCACAGAGCAUACUUCGACAGCACCUCUUAUACGAUUUCAAUCUCAAGAAGCUGUGGAUAUGUCUCCAGAUCCAAUGGAUCCUUGGCCUGUAGCACCUCCGACAUCUAGCGGCCCCUCCCAAUCUUCUACUGCAAUCGACCCCACUCCUUCCGCGACACCAUCCGCAAGUGGUCAUGUUUCUGCAGUCGCUUCGUCCUUGUCUUCCAUGACACAUAUUCCGCUUCCACGGGGCUCGAAAGGCAAGUCCAAGAUGGAUACAAACUCUAGAGCUCUUCUCCGGGCUGCUUCGCCGCCUCGGCGGACUAAUCCAUCACCACAGUCAUCCCUUUCUAGUUUAUCCUCACUUUCACUCUCUCCUCCCAAGGAGCCGCCAUCGACACUACUGCCCCUGUCACUUCCUCUCCCUCGACGGAACCGUGCGCCCCCAACGGGCCCAGUGCAGAUGCCAGUGCGGACCGCAAGUUUGCACUCCGAGAAGCGCGCUCUGAGCCGCAGUGUUGGGCAGCCGCGGGGGCGACAGCCGUCUCCGGACCUUGAGAUUAUUGAGAGGCCCGUGAUCUCCGUGCAGAGGGGCAAGACUACAGACGUGAAUGCGGCGAGGAAGUCAGUUGAAAGACUCGGCGAAACCCAUACCAGUGAGGUCAAAGGCGUAGACAGGCCGCACAAGAGGCGCAAAACCGAAGGCAAUACGGUCGACCUUGCCCCGGUAAAACGAAAGCUUGGUCGUCCUCGUAAGACAUUGGACGUCGUGCCAGCGAUGGCACCGUCUGCUUUGCAGCCUGUCGCGAAUUCCUCGAAGCACAAUUCAAUAAGCCAAAAGCCGAAAUUACCCCGUUCUAAUGCGCGAUGCAAGUGGCCGGAGAUGAUUGAGGGCGAUGCGGCAUUCCAGCGCGAGUUCGUACAGUGUGAUAAUUGCGAUGCGUGGUAUCAUUUCGGCUGUGUUGGUCUAAAUAUGAACGACCCACGUCUCGAGAACUGUCAUUUAGAAGGAACCGCCGAACCGGACACAAAGGAAUGGUUUGUGGACCGCAUCAUUGGGCGGCGUCCGCAGGCAGGAGACAAUGUGCGGCGGGCCGACCCGGAAUUCUUAUGGCUCGUGAAGUGGGACGGCUUCACGGUGAAGGAUGCGACUUGGGAAAUGCCCGGGAACUUGGGCAGUGCCGCUAGGUAUAUCGAUGAGUUCAAGGUUGCCGCUGAGCUCGAGGGCCACAGCUUGCUUGAUUUAUGGGAGAUUGUGGUUCUGAACGAAGCUCAGAUAGCGGGCUGGUAG